UGACUUGAUUGAUUUAUAGGCCACAAUUUUGCCUAUAAACCGCACACCCGUAUGCCUAAUAAACGGAGUGAUUUCCUAACCGUAACUUUUUUUCUAAAAGUGAUUCAAUUGUCAAUUGUGGUUCUCAGCUGUAGAAUUCAUUCAUUUAACAUUUUCACAGAUAAAACCAGAGGUUGGUCAAUGAUUGGCUGACCAAACUUUGGAGCUGUCUGAUUGGGUGAGGCGACAGCUGAGGUCUGCAGCUUAGAGAGCCUGCAGGAAUGUCUCUGAAUAGAGCCGGACGAUGUAGACUGCCGCCGCUGUUCCGGGCAUCAAAGUUAGACUUUGGACUCUAGGUCAAAUAUUGCGCACCUAAAGUAGUUGCUUUUGGAUCCAUCUGGAGCUAUAUGUCUGGUCGUCUUUAACGGGGAUGUUAUCAAUAACAAACAAGCUCUAGCAAACAAUAACUUGGGUGACUGUCUAUUGCUCCCUUAUAAUCUGUCAUACAACAAAAAUGAAAUCAGCAUCUCACAAAGGAUAAUAGUGGAACUAUUGAAACAAACAGACUUUACUUAUGUAAGUAUGCAUUCCUAAAUUGUGAUAAAAAAACUGCUUCAAGCGCGGCUUUCUUGGGUCUAUGAUUAGUAACGCGUAAACUCGGGGAACAAGUAACUGCAGAAGUCACCAUGCUCUUUGCGUCCCUGCUCCUCGCGCUGGGCUGCGUGACAUGGACGUUGGAGACAACGCACGGAUGUCAGCUUCCUACCGAGUGGCGUCCGCUCAGCGAGGGAUGCCGUGCGGAGCUUGCGGAGAUCAUAGUGUAUGCCAAGGUGCUUGCCAUCCAUCGGGAGCCGUUCGGUGGGGGCGAGAACCUCUACAACUCACUGCCGUUCCCGUUUGGGUACGGGUAUGAGGGCGCGGAAGAGGGUCUUCUCUAUUCGGCGGAGGUAGAGCUCGUGUGCGACCAGGCGUGGGGCAGUAUGCUGGAGGUUCCCGCCGGCUCGCGACUCAAUCUUACGGGGCUCGGGUACCUGUCGUGUCAGUCGCACACGGUGAUGGAGAACUACUCUUAUAUCUUUUUCCUCCGGUGA